AUGACGACGGCAGGGCUCAUGAGGACGACUUCUGCGCCGCUGCAGUCCUACGGCGGGCACGGCGGCGGGAUCUCUCUCUUCGGGCGGAGCUGGAGCAGCAGUUCCCUCACCUCUGCGCGGACCCUCCACCUCGCGGUGGCGGGGGAGAAGAAGCACCUGAUUCAUCACCUCAACCGCGUCCAAUCGGAGGCCGAUCUCGCCGGCGGCGAUGGCCGGAUCACCUGCCAGGCGAGGCGCGUGGAUGUGGAGGCGCCACCGGAGAGCAGGCUUCAGCUGGAGAAGCUCAUGGAGCUCUCCGGCGGGAUCACCACCGGCAGCGGCGGCGCCGGCGGCGCCGGCGGCGGCUCCGGCGGCGGGAAGCCCGGCAGGGGCGGCUCCGACGGCGGGAAGAGCGAGAUGGGUGCCUACUACUUGGAGAUGCUGGAAGCCGACCCGGGGAACCCUCUCCUGCUCGUGAACUACGGCAGGUAUCUCCACGAGGUACGCUUCCUUGCUUCGCCGGGUUUCCUCUUUCGGGUUUUGUCCGAUUUUCUCCGGCGAUCUGGCUGUACCCGCGACUGACGGCGCCUCCGCUGGGAUAUAGGUCGAGGGCGACGUGGAGGGCGCGGAGGAGUGCUACGGCAGGGCCAUCCUGGCCAGCCCUGGCGACGGCGAGGUGCUCUCGCUCUACGGGAAGCUCAUUUGGGAGACUCAGGGCGACGAGACACGGGCCGAGUCCUACUUCGAGAGGGCCGUCGAGGCCUCGCCGGACGACUGGUAAGCAGAAUAAAUCUCAUCGUAAUUUGGAAACUAUUUCCAUAAUCAGAAGCGGUGGUUGACUUCUGGGGGUUGUUUAUGGCGAUGAUGCAGUUACGUCAUGGGAUCGUAUGCCCACUUCCUCUGGGACGCAGAUGAGGCCGGGGAGGAGGACGAAGACGUCCGCGCGGCGCCGGCGGCGGCGGCGCCGUCGCAGCAACCGCAGCUGACGGUGAGGGCUUACUGA